AUUUCAAAGCUUACAACUCAUUGGCAAAUUCCAAAUUUGAUGUAAAAUUUUUCGUAGUAGUAAAAGCAAAACAGAGAUUAAAGCGUAAAAAUGCGUUUAGCAAACCAAAUGCUAACAAAAUUCAAGUGCCUGGGGCUGAUACGCUUUACGCAGCCGCCGGACAUGCUCAGCUCCAGCGGCAUACUGAUGAAGCCCAUGGCCGCGGCUGUGGAGCAGCAGCGACGCUUUGCGCAGAACUACGAGCACUACAAGCGCAAGUCAUCGGCGCUGCAGUCGAUGCGCGAGUUCUUCAUGCAUCCGCUGACCUGGGACCGCAACAAUGGCUACUUGAACGUGCUGCUCUGCCUGGCCAUUGUGGGCUUCUGCUUCAUGAAUAGCUGCACACAGUGCCCCCAAGCGAAGCAACAAGAGCAGCAGCAGAAGCAGCAAGCUGCAGCAGGAGCAGCAGCUCUGCAGCAGAAAUAGAGCUCACCUUGAUUGCAGACGCAGACGAGACCAUUGUUGGUGGAAUGGCAGCUGGCGUUCAUGUCGCAGAGCGUGGGAUUGUUGAGGCAG